GAUCAACCCUUGUUUGUCUUUCAGGUAACCAAUAAAUAAACCUUUGCUUUCUAAUUUUUUUUGUUCCAAAAUGAUCCUAAAUCUAGUUAACAAAUAACAAGUUUUUUUUUUGUUCUCUUUGCGUUUUGUCUUUUAAUCAGGAAGAAAGAAAAAAAAAAUCAAAAGUUUUGAGUGUAUAAACACAAAGAAGCUUCCUUAGAAUCAAAAAAAUUUCGAACAUGUUCACAAUAAAUUUUGUGAACUUUUAGCUAUUUUGCAACCUCGAGGGAGGGAUCUCAAGGAUCUAAGUACCAUCAUGAUAUUUAUAGAAAUCUAGUUUAUAUAGGUCAUUAGUCGAGGACCAUGUGGGUAAAAUAGAAUAAAAACUUGUUUCUUCUAUAGAGUCCAAGUAUUAAUCGGAGUUUUGUGUGAGAUCCUCCGUAUUCAAAAUAUAAAUGUUUAAGAAAGUUGCACCAUGUAUGUCAAAAGUAUAACUCUACAAAUCUUAUGUUUUAUAGUAGAAAAGUAAGUCUAUGAAUAAGUUAAUUAGUGAAGAAAAUUAUUAGAAAUAAAUAAUAAUAGUAUAAUUUAGUUUUUUUUAAAAAUUAUUUACUAAUUUAGUUAACUGAAGAAAUAUUCUAUGAAAUACAGAAUUCGGGUCAAGCCUCGGCAUUAUGGAGUUUUAUUUCUAUUUGAUUAUAACACACCACAAACGAAAACGUUAAUAUAUUUGGGAUAUUGACUCAAGUAAAACAUUCUUAUGAAAUCUUUAAGUAAAUCACCCACCCUACUCAGACUAUAAUUCAUCAUGUAUUUCAAGUAUAACGAAACAUGUAAUCACAAAGUAACAUGUGACAUAUAUAUAUAUAUAUAUAUAUAUAUAUAUAUUUUCAUAUAUUUGACAUAUAUAUACUCGGACACGUUCCAGUUUCGCCUGCAGAUAUAAUAUGCCAAAUAAGUGUGAAAAUCUUCCAAUGCACAAUAUAAUACUGACACACAUAUUUGCUUGUCAAUUUUAUUUCUUAAUUAUAUAAAUACUAAACAUACGUUUUCAAUCUACAUAUAGCAUUGUCAAAUUAUCAAACUAUCGAAGCAAGUGAAAAAUGUUCAUUACCAAAUGUCGUUAGCUCAAUUGGUAAAUACUCUAGGCAAAUUUUAGAGGUCGCCGGUUCGAGUGACGCUUGAGACGAAACUAAUAUUACAUGCUGCGGUUUUUGGUUUGGGGGAUUACGGACUUCGGUCCAGUACCUUCUAGCAUUAAAAAAAAAAGAAAAAAAAAAUGUUCAUUAUUUCAAAACAAAAAAUUAAUCUAGUUUAUUUUUUUUAUUGACAUCAAAAUUUGACUACAGUUAGUUGUUAUAAAUUAAACAUUAUUAUAUAUGAUUGUAACAUAAAUCUACUUGUUACGCGUAAAAUUAAAACGCUGGUUUUCUUUGUUGCUCAUUUAUUGAAUCCUACCAAACAUAUAGCAAUCUAAAUUAAUGUGACAUAACUGUCUGUUAUAUACUGCCAAAUCAUGUAAUCAUUUUGUAAAGAAAAUUAUAUAAACCAUAUACAUAUUACUUGAUAGUUAAUGAACGUAUAAAGUAGGAUUUCAUAAUGCAACGUCUAAUAGCUAGAACAUAAGUGAUUCAAAAUAAGUUUUCUCAAGUUUGGCGCAUGUAGUUGAGUUUCAUGGAGAUGUAUGUACUUUAAAUUUUUAAAUUUUGGCAGAUAACAUCAUUCAAGUGCGGUGGAUUUGCAAUGGGAAUCUCAACAAACCAUACCACGUUCGAUGGACUUAGUUUCAAAACAUUCCUCGAAAACUUAGCUUCUCUACUUCACGAGAAGCCCUUAUCAACACCUCCAUGCAACGACCGUACUCUUCUCAAAGCUCGUGAUCCACCAAGUGUUGCAUUCCCACACCACGAGCUUGUCAAGUUCCAAGACUGUGAGACAACAACAGUCUUCGAAGCUACUUCAGAGCACUUAGACUUCAAGAUCUUCAAGCUAUCCUCUGAACAAAUCAAGAAGCUCAAGGAGAGAGCCUCAGAGACUAGUAACGGUAAUGUUCGCGUGACGGGUUUCAACGUUGUAACCGCUUUGGUCUGGAGGUGCAAGGCACUCUCUGUAGCAGCAGAGGAAGGAGAAGAAACCAAUCUUGAAAGAGAAUCAACGAUUCUUUAUGCUGUGGACAUUAGAGGGAGGCUGAAUCCUGAGCUUCCACCGUCUUACACUGGAAACGCGGUUUUAACGGCAUACGCAAAGGAGAAAUGCAAGGCAUUGCUUGAAGAGCCGUUUGGGAGGAUUGUAGAAAUGGUAGGAGAAGGGUCAAAGAGGAUAACGGAUGAGUAUGCGCGGUCUGCUAUAGAUUGGGGAGAGUUAUACAAAGGGUUUCCCCAUGGGGAAGUUUUGGUUUCUUCUUGGUGGAAACUCGGAUUCGCAGAGGUUGAGUAUCCUUGGGGAAAGCCUAAGUAUAGCUGUCCCGUUGUCUAUCAUCGAAAAGACAUUGUUUUGCUGUUUCCGGACAUCGAUGGAGAUAGUAAAGGUGUUUAUGUCUUGGCUGCUUUGCCUUCUAAGGAGAUGUCCAAGUUUCAGCACUGGUUUGAAGACACUCUGUGCUGAUUUCGUGAUGGCUUCACUUUGCAUUGCUAUUGCUUUAUUUUACUUCUUUGACGAUUAUAAACACAUUAUGGUAUUUUAUAUUUGUAUACGGUUGAAAAGUGAACGUUAUAAAACAUCUAUUUUCUGCUACUUUCUCUAAGUAUAAACAAGCACAAAAGAUUUAAAGGUG